AUGCAUCUUGAUAGCAAUUCCAUUUUGCUUUUGGGCUUUAUUAAUAGUUUAUAUUUUUCUUGCUCAGCAUCUGACUUCAGCUUGGAUGGAGAUUUCUUAUUGGGUGGUCUUUUUCCCUUACAUGAAAUUGACCAGGUGACCCCCGUUUUUACCCCAGAGACUACUAAAUGCUUCAGGUACACUGCCUCACCAUCUGGCUUUCAGAUGUUGCAAGUGAUGAGGUUUGCCAUUGAAGAGAUUAAUAACUCCAGCACUCUUUUGCCCAAUGUUUCCCUGGGCUAUGAAUUGUUUGACCAUUGUUCAAAUACUAAGAAUUUCGGUUCACUUUUAAGUUUCAUCUCAAAUAAUGGAUCAAUUAAACCUAAAGUAAAACGCAUCAACUAUCAAUCUGACGUGAUCGCUUUAACAGGGCCAUAUGGAAGCACACGGACUAUUUCAAUUGCACCACUGAUCACAAUGGACCUUGUGCCAUUGGUGAAUUACGGAGCUUCAAGCUCUGUGUUAAGCAAUAAACUUCAGUAUCCCUCUUUUGUAAGAACAGUGCCCAGCAACAAAGACAUGAUAAAUAUGAUUAUCCACAUGAUACGUUGGUUUGGAUGGAACUGGGUUGCCUUUCUUGGUAGCAAAGAUGCUUACAGUACAGAUGGACUGAAUCUGUUUAACACCUACAUAAACAACACUGGUAUUUGUGUGGCCUAUCAAGAGGGUCUAAACCUUGAUGCAAACUACAGUCAGACACUUAAAAAGAUUGAUAUGCUUAACAUCAAUGUCAUUGUGGUGUUUGCUGUGCCACAAUAUGCAGUCAACAUUAUCAAUACGGCCAUAGCGGACAACAUCCGAGACAAAGUAUGGAUUGCGAGUGAAACAUGGUCAAUGAAUCAACAACUUCCAAGGGAGCCAGGAAUUGAGAAAAUCGGUACAGUCAUUGGAAUUACAGACCGAUUGUUGACAUUACCUGGAUUUAAUGAAUUCAUCUAUAAAGAUAUGGGGACGGCUAAUGUUAAUGCGAGUAAAUUCCAGACAAAUACAUGUAAUCAAAAUUGUGAUUACUGCCCAUCGUUGACCGCAGAAGAUAUUAUUAAUGAGAAUCCCUCAUUCUCCUUCGCUAUCUAUGCUGCCAUAUAUACCAUAGCUCAUGCGUUACAUAAAGUUUUGCAAUGCGACACAAAAGGCUGUCCAAAAAACACACCAUUUGAGCCAUAUAUGCUUCUGGGAGAAAUGAAAAAGUUGGAUUUUCCGCUUAAUGGUCGACAAGUGAAAUAUGACAAAAAUUAUGAUCCAACCAUCAGUUAUGCUGUUGUACUCUGGCACACAGAUGAGAAUUCCCCACAGUUUGAGAUGGUGGGCACGUAUGAUACAUAUCCAAAAACAGAUUUUACCAUUGACAACAUGCGCUUUCCUUGGCGCAAUAAUGGAUUGGUCCCUUUCUCAAACUGCUCUGUUGAGUGUAAACCAGGAUUUGCAAGGCAACCUGAAGGUUUUCAUAGUUGCUGUUUUACGUGUAAAAAAUGCCCACGUAACAGCUAUGUGGAUUAUUCCAAAGAUCCCUAUACCUGCUUUUCAUGUGCAGUGAGUGAUUGGUCUGAUGAGGGCAGUACAGCAUGCAAGACACGAGCUGUUGUCUACCUUGAGUUUACAGAAAUCACCUCAAUUGCUGUCAUGAUUUCUGUCUCGUUCCUUAUUAUUCUCCUUAUUGGCAUAUUUGGCCUUUUUGCCUACAAUUUCAACACACCUGUGGUGAGGUCUGCUGGCGGAGGCAUGUGUCUCCUUAUGUUGCUCUGCCUGACUAUAUCUAGCAUAAGUGUGUUCUUUUUUUUUGGAAAACCAACAUCUGUACAUUGCUUCGUGAGAAAUGCCAUAUUUGCUUUUUUCUUUACUAUCUGUCUUUCAUGUUUGACUGUCCGUUCUUUUCAGAUUAUUUGUGUUUUUAAAAUGGCUGCUCAGUUCCCUAAAUUGCACGGCCUAUGGGUUAAACAUAAUGGCCAAUGGCUAUUUAUUGCAUUUUCUUCAUUUAUUCACUUAAUUUCUUGUGUGAUAUGGACAACUGUCUCUCCUGAUAUACCCAUCGCUGACUCUUGGACUUUUAAAGACCAAACUCUUCUCAUGUGUGAAAUGGUAAAUACUAUAACUUUUACGAUAGUUUUGUUUAUAAGCUGGUUUCUCGGUUUCCUGUGUCUUGUGUUUUCGUACAUGGGAAGAGACCUGCCAAAAAAUUACAAUGAGGCCAAAUCAAUUACCUUCAGUCUCAUUCUGUACUACCUGAGCUGGAUUGUGUACUUCACCGCAUACCUCUCAGUCAAAAGUAAAUACAUUAUGCUUUUGAAUGCAAUGGCCCAGAUAUCUAGCAUAUAUGGAAUUCUCUUCAGCUAUUUCAUUCCAAAAUCUUACAUAAUGAUAUUUCAGCCACAGAAGAACACUGCUGCAUACUUUCAGACAUCUAUUCAAAAUUACACUCAAACUAUUAGUAGGUCUUAA